CCCGUGGGAGGCGCUGCGGACCGACGGCCGGAGCUCGGCGAGGCCGCGGGACGGCAGGACGGCAGGUCGGCAGGUGGGCAGAAUUUCCACAUUGAUUGGUGAACAGUGGAAAAUCUGAAGAGAUGCGAGCAGGAAAAAGAAACUAAACCAGGCCUGACGAGCGAUGCGACAGGCAUGAUGGAAGUCGAGUCCUCCUACUCGGACUUCAUCUCCUGUGACCGGACUGGCCGUCGGAACGCAGUCCCUGACAUCCAGGGAGACUCCGAGGCCGUGAGCGUGAGGAAGCUGGCUGGAGACAUGGGCGAGCUGGCACUGGAGGGGGCAGAAGGACAGGUGGAGGCAGGCACCUCGGACAAGGAGGCCAGCAACCAGCCAGAGAGCAGCGACGGGACCACCUCAUCUUGAGUCUGACCUUGCCCAGGGAGGCUGGAGAGAGACUGCUGUCCCCACCCGGACAGGGAGCCCUGGAGCUGGCCGGACAGCCUCUUCUCUGAGCCCCAUGUUCCAGGCAAACAAGGCCAGACUGAAAGGCACCCCCAGAGGCCGCCGCGGCCCUUACCUGGGAAGGCCCUCCGCCCACACCCGCUGGCCCCGCACUACCACCUCCUCACUGUGCCCAGGUACACUUUCAAGACACUUUAACCGCAGGAUGUUAUUUUUCCAUUGGCACCGGGACUCGGGGGCUGCGCCCUGCCCGCCUGGGUGAGCAGCCCCUCCCCCGAAGAAGGCUCCUCUCCUGGCGGCCUGGGCAGGGGCCACGCCCCUCUUCUCCGAUCCCAGCCUCCUAGGCCAAGGCCAUCUGAUCUCUUUUUUGGAAAAUCACUUUUAAACUUUUAAAAAAUUUUAAACAUUUUUCAGCAGAGAGGGAAGGAGCCGACAAUCAAUUCACUUUUGGUUUUUGAAAGCCAUUUUAAGCUAAACUCUGAGCAUCGGUGCAGCUCUGAGGUUCCCUCGUGGAGCUUCACAAUCGGUUUUUAGGGAAGGGACUUUUGUGCUCAAAACUACCUGAUCAACUUUGUGCCCUUUCUUUCUACCAAGAUGAAUAACACCUGGGACCCAGGAAAUAAAUGCUGAUGAUUUGUGUGAUGGGU